AGUCGAGAUUUAUUAGUCAAGUCAAGAAUACGUUAUAUCAAAAUAUAAAAGUUAGUAAGCAAAAUGUACAAUUUUACAAAAGUGUUUGUAUUGUUAGCCUUGGUUGUUCUAUUCAAUAAUCAAGUUGUAACUGGUAAAAAAUUCAAAAGUGAGUGUGCUAUUGCUAAAGAAUUGCUCAAGCAUGGAUUUCCAAAAGACCAAUUGAAUGAUUGGGUGUGCUUAGUAAUGAGUGAAAGCAGUGGUAAUACAAGGGCUAUUAAUAAGGCUAAUGCUGAUGGGAGUAUUGAUCAUGGACUAUUUCAAAUUAAUGAUCGUUAUUGGUGUGAACAUGGAAAAAAAGGCAAAGAAUGUAAUGUAAAUUGCAAAGAUUUAUUAAAGGCUAAUAUUAGCAAAGCAGCCAAAUGUGCCAAAAAAAUAUAUGGCGUGCAUGGUUUCAACGCAUGGGUUGGAUGGAAAAAUAAGUGCCAAGGUGGUAAUGCUAAAUCUGUACAGCAUUGUGUCUAACCUGAUAACGGUUAUGGAGACAAAAAUUUCUUUUGAUGCGAAAAGAGUUAAUA